AUGUACCGGUUUUUUGAGAAGCAGUUUGUACUUUCAAAAAUCUUUUGGUUCCAGCAGAAAUCAAGCACAAGGAACUACCCACGAAGGUUUCUAAGAAGAUAUUCCAUUUGGCAUUCUCUGCAAACAAGAACAAGAAUGGUAAAGAGUUCCAAGAACAGUCCCGACAAGUCACAGUCCAAAAAACGACCAAGGCGACCCAAACUCAAUUCGAAGAAACAACAACUUCCUCCUGCAAAAGCAAAAGUCUUUUCUGAUAUCAUGAAUGAAUUAUUGUUAAAUAUUGUUGUCGUUGAACCCACAGCAUGCGAAACGUCGGUUGGCACCGAUAAGGCAUGUGGCUCAAAUCCCACUGCUCCUUCUAUGUCGAAGACUCCUGUUGAGCCUGAGAGAACUCAAACAAAGCUGGCUAAUGUGGAAAAUGAAGACCAGUUCAUUUCGGAGACAAUUUCCACCAAAUUUGCAUUUUUGUUUCGUGUUAUUGAAAAAUUGAUCAGAAAAGGAGGAUUAUUGGCAAAAAAGCUCUGGCAGCAAGUUGAACGCUGGAUUCUUGCCAUGGUAAAAUGUGUUGUUAUGGAAGUUACCGAGAGUGCCAGAAUAUGCUUCGAUAAGAUUAUACCGGUUCGCCUAAUUCAACAAUUUCAGGUUUCGUUAAGAAUAUGUGAUGAAGUCAGGAAUGCAGAGGAGACAGGUACCGAAUCAGUAAUUCUCCGGGGUCAGGAAACAAAGCUAAAGGAACCAGAAAAACGGCUGCAAAUUUUCGCUGAAGUUUCUCAAGAAGCUCUUGAGGUUUCCAUUCCAAAAGAUUCCCUCACACCCCCCAAUUCGUCCUUGAGCCCAGCUCCCUUCCUGCUCAGCACUAUACUGUCACGAUGCAAAACUGCAUUCGAACCUCGCUCUUUUCAGCUUCCUACGAUGUUUUCCAUAACCAAAGGAGGAGCCAAGUUAGCUCGGCCAAUAAUCAAAGUUGAUGCUGCUGCUGACACUUACGAUAUCGAGUUGGCGCCUAAGCCCUUCUUGUACCACUAUGUGUCCAAUGUCACUGCCAAUUGCUGCAAAACUGGCAUCUCUCUAUUUAAGUGUAAGUCUCCAGUCAAGUAG